GUGUAACACUGCGUAUAUGACUGCUAAAAUUCUGCAGCGUGGAAAGACAUGUACCAUUCGAUAUGGAAAACCUUCGAUAGCAGGUUUGGUCCAAUCUUGAAUAGUUUGUUCAAACGACGAGAGUUAUUGGAAAGUGAGAAAAGCUCCGCAACUCUUGACGAGAUUCACCAGCUACGCAAGGAUAUUUUGUCUAAGUAUACGGAAUCCCAGCUGGAAAGGGACAAAGAACGCCUAGAGAAGCACAAGGAACGAGUAUCCCGCAUUAGAGAAAUGUUGAAUGCUCCAAACUAUCAGAUUGACCAAGAGAUGGCUGCGGAUAAUAGACUUAUCGACAGCUCGGGCCAAUGGAUUUUGGAAAACAAGGAGUUCCAAGCUUGGUAUAAUCAUACUUCGGGACAUAAUAUCCUAUAUAUCAACGGGAUCCCAGGUGCAGGCAAAACAACUUUAGUAUCAGCGGUGAUUAGGAAGCUCCUAGACAGUAGGCGUUCAGGGACGGCUAGUCACUGUGUCGCCUACUUUUAUUUCAAGUAUCAGCAACCUAGUAAAGAGUCACACAAUAGUCUUCUUCGCGGCAUUUUAGAUCAGCUCAUCAUCCAGGACCCCGCCACGUCGGAUCACUUGUUCAGUAAAAUAUCGGCAAUGGAUCCAACAUCACUACGGCUGACAAGAACACUAGAAGGACUUGUUAAGGAAGCCUUGGGAAGCCAUCAAACUUCUUACAUCGUAAUUGACGGCCUCGAUGAAAGCGCCGAUAAAGAAGCGGAGAAAUCAGUACGAUGGUUCUUAUCACUCAUAAAAGGACUCUCAGAGAACACUGCCACCUCAUUGCGCAUUUUGCUGAGCGGCCAGCGGGAUGGUAUCCCAUACGGUCUCCUUGCCGAUAAACCAUCCAUAAAUUUAGACGACACUCCCCAUACCAAAGAUAUCGAAGGCUAUUGCUCACAUUUCUGUGAACGAAUAGGAAAAAAGUUUGAUAUUACCCACGAGGUUCAAGAAAGCAUCGCUCUCCGUGUAGCGAAUAGCGCAAAUGGCAUGUUCCUCUACGCCCGUGUGGUCUUAAACAACUUAUUGAGUCAAACAAAGCUCGCCGGCUUAAACAGAGAAAUGCAAUGAGACACAUUCCCAGAAGAGAUUAAUAAAGCAUACGAAAGGGUAAUUGUGCGCAUUUUCGAAGAGUCUUCUCCUUCUGAACGCGAAGAUGCCAAGAAAAUAUUGGGCUGGAUUGUUUGUGCCGCACGGCCCCUCAGAUGGCGCGAGAUUCAGUCUAGCUUCUGUAUUAUCCCG